GAUGUGUUUCCAGAAGUGACGUGUGCCCUCAGCUGACAGGAGCCUUGAAGUGGAGGCUGCUGCUGGUUGGCUCAGUGAGCAAGUUGCUGGUGCAGUGAGCAAGUGCGCGGUACUGCAUGAAGGUACGGGCACCUUACCCUGGCACUGACACCCUCCAGACGUAAGAUGGCCGCUGAGAUCCACCCCAAGCCCCUGACCCGCAAGCCCAUUCUGCUGAACAAGGUGGAGGGGUCGCAGGACGUGGUGAACAUGGCAGUGAUUGUGCCCAAGGAGGACGGGGUGAUUAGUGUCUCCGAGGACAGGACUGUACGUGUUUGGAUGAAGAGGGACAGUGGUCAGUACUGGCCCAGUAUUUAUCAUGCUAUGCCAGCUCCAUGUUCAUGCAUGUCUUUUAACCCGGAAACCCGGAGGCUGUCCGUAGGUCUAGACAAUGGUACAAUCUCAGAAUUUAUUUUGUCUGAAGAUUAUAACAAAAUGAACCCAUCAAGAACGUACCUUGCGCACCAAAGCAGAGUUACCAUGGUUCUGUUCAUCCUGGAGAUGGAGUGGAUGUUGAGCACAGGUCAGGACAAGCAGUUCACCUGGCACUGCUCAGAGACUGGAGAGCGCCUAGGGAACUACCGCACGGCAGCCUGCGCUUCAUGUCUACAAUUUGACGUGGAGACAAGACAUGUAUUUGUUGGAGACCAUUCCGGACAGGUUACAAUACUUAAACUUGAACAAGACAACUGCAGCCUCAUUACCACAUUUAAGGGACACACAGCUGGAGUCACUGCUUUGUGUUGGGACCCAGUACAGCGACUUCUGUUUUCAGGCAGUUCUGAUCAUUCCAUCAUCAUAUGGGACAUCGGGGGACGAAAAGGAACUGCACUAGAACUGCAAGGUCACAAUGAUAAGAUUCAGUCCAUCGCCUACGCACAGCACUCCCGGCAGCUCAUCUCAUGCAGUGCCGAUGGUGGGAUUGUUGUGUGGAACAUGGAUGUUGAAAGACAGGAGACUCCAGAAUGGCUGGACAGUGACUCCUGCCAGAAGUGUGAUCAGCCUUUCUUCUGGAACUUCAAGCAGAUGUGGGACAGCAAAAAGAUUGGCCUCAGGCAGCAUCAUUGCAGGAAAUGCGGGAAAGCGGUUUGUGGUAAAUGCAGCUCCAAGAGGUCCACCAUUCCCCUCAUGGGCUUUGAGUUUGAAGUACGUGUAUGUGACAGUUGCAUCGAGACCAUCACAGAUGAUCAGCGUGCACCAACAGCAUCUUUCCACGAUAGUAAGCACAAUAUAAUACAUGUCCACUUUGACCCAACAAGAAUAUGGUUACUGACAUCGGGAACAGAUAAGAUCAUUAAGCUCUGGGAUAUGACACCAGUUGUAUCUUGAUGAUCUCCUACGGAUGGGUCAUGAAACCAGUAACACGCGGAGUAGAAGAAUCAUUCUGGAUUCUGGAAAGGAGCACAGUAGCCGGAGGACCUGGAAAGGCGUAACUGUCAUUUUUGUAAUUGCUACUUUAAAUGGAAAGUAUUAUUAACUAAUCUGAGCCAGGCAUACGACAGCUCCUCCCCUUGUUUGUACUUCCUACUUGGGUGUAUUGAUUUGUUUGGUUUGGCGUUUACUAUGCAGAAGUUUUCUGUGCUAUAUACUGGACUUCGUAAUUUGUAGUUGGUGUCCUCCACUGGGAUUACUUGGGGACCCUUCUAGUUUUAACCCUUCUCAUUCUGUCUUGCUUUCUCUGCAUUACAUCUUUCUGCAGGGUCAGUACCUGUAAAGGAGAAAACCCAAAUCGCUUAUAUAUUUAUUGGCAGCUAAUUAAUUCUUUCCCUACUUCUGCUCUUGACAAAUCUUUACAAGGAGCGUAACUGGUUGACAGAAUGAUAGCAUGAUAUGAAAAAUAGUAGUGAUCGUCCUUAAAUGAAGAUGGCAAAUUGGGGAUAGGCUCAAAAAUGUGUUCUUAAAAUUCUGCAUUCAUUUUUCUUGUGCAGUAGAUUUUGCUCAUACUUUUUCCAGGAAUCUGGAUAUAACAAAAAAUGGCUUAUGUGAUCUGUAUUGUGAGUUGGUGGGAAAAUGUUAACAUUUUAAAACAGGGUUGUAUCCCAGGUCCUACUCGCUGGUUUGACAUACUGUAUGGUUAUUACUGUCUAGUUUUGAUGCGUAAAUAACCCUAGGACAGUUUAAGGAAGAGAUGUAGGAUGUAAUAGGAUUGGGGUCCCCAGGUUGUUCAUUGCUCUGUACAAACAGAAUUGCGGGGUAUAUCCAGGUUCUUACAUAACGGUAACGCACUAUUUACUUGACAUUUUACAGCAGUAAUCCACAACUUUUUCAUGAUGCAGUACUAAUAAUAUAAUUGACAUAUUAUGUUUUGUCACACAACUGUAUUUAAUUGAUACAGUGAAUAAUCCUGCAAUCUUGAAAAAAGAUCAAUACAUUUACAUACAAAGUCAAUCAUAGCAAAAUUUUAUUUGGUGUAAUUGACCUAAUUUCUCAUUUUAUGACCAAACCAAUCUCUCACCUCCUACCUGGCGCUGUGAGACUGUACAGAGGAGAGAUGGGAAGCUGUGGCUUAUUACUUGUUAUAGAAAAAUCUGAGUAGGUGGGCAUGCUAAGAUUUGUAGUUCCACAAGUUUACAGUUUACCUGUGCCUGCUUUACAUCCAAUCUCACCACAUUCUAGCUUCUGUCACACAAGCUGGGGUGAGCUAUAUAAUGCUAAUAAAUGGCUUUGUGGUUGGAUAAGUGACCAUGGGAUGAACUACAGCAUUUUAUUAGAGCUGUAGAGAUUUAGGGAGAAUUCAAUUGAGGGUGAACUGAUUUGCCCAGCUGAAUUAGCACGACACCCACUUCACUUUGCGGCAGUGGGAUCUUGCUUAAAAUUUUUUGCUACCCUGUAGGGCAGCUUGCACGUUUGAGCGAAUAGGGGUGCAAAUUGGCUAGACAAAGAGUGCGAGUCAGGCUGUCGUUUAAACCCCGUGGCAACAGCAAUUCACCCCCUUCACCAACAAUUAAAUUCCCACAUAUAUAAUAUCAACACGCACAUGUAAACGGCACUAUACCACUACAGCAAGACAUUAAACUAAAUAAUAAAUCUAUCCAGUAGAAUUCACGCACACACACAGAAUGAGCUGAACUGUACAGUAAUUAAGUCUGAGUAUAGGUACAAUAUGACAGUGACUUAUUUUCUCAUUCUUUGCAGAAACUCCUGACAAUGUUUUUAUCAUGAAAUACUUUAUUUAUAUUAUAAUAUGACUGGAACACAAAAUAACAAUGGUAAUUGUGCAGAAUAUUAUGUAAGCUUUUCUGUUGUUGCUGAGUGUUAUUGUGCCCUGCGUACAUCUGAUCUCUCAUAGCAACACAUGUUUCUGAGGAGUUUCCUAACUGAGCAGUUCAUUGGAGACAGACUAUAAACCAUUAUUACAUGUUUUCAUAUUUGAUAAAUUAGUAUUAUCUUUACAAGGUCUUCUGUUGCAGAGCUGUCUUAGCUGGUGGACUAUCCCUGUAAGAGGCUUUGGCCCCUGUUCUAUAUAAUGCAUACCUGGCCAGAUACGGGGAAGAGAAGGAAGGUUCUAUAGCAACCGUGCCUUGCUACAUUGUCUCUUUCCCUAUUUAUAAAGUGCUAUUACUGGUUAGGGGUAGAUUUAGUAAAACUGAGAAAGAAAGGUGCAGCUGUUGCCCUUAGCAACUAAUCAGACGAUGGAUACAAUAGGUAGAAUCUGCCAGAGCCAACAUCUCCACGUUUUCUUUCUAGAAGCUUUAGUAAAUCUACCCCUUUAAACGAGGAAUGUGUUUAUAGUUCAGGCAGCCGUUUUGUAGGAGGAACCAAAGUUCAACAUGCCAUCAUUAAUGGGAGAGGUUUCAAAUUGGGUCCUUUAUCCAAAGAGAAGAAUUAGUAUCUUGUCAUUGAUUACUGGACUGGAGACAGUUCUGUUCAGUGACAAAGAUGCAUUGAUCGGUGUGUCAUUCUUCACGCCAAUCCCCAUAAUGGACAUGUGGCAUCCAGAAUAAAGAUGCCAUAUGGAACAAGGCUACAAUAAUCCCAGGUGCCAGUGUGCCUAAAGUCCUUCCUGAUUAGUUUAACGGUUUGGAGUAGUUCCUGUUGAUGUUGGUGUAUUUACAUCUCCCCCAUCCCACAACAUACUGCUGCUGUAGGUGAGACUCGAGACUGUGUACUCAUUUAUUUUGUGUAGCAUGGAAUGUAAAAAGAAAUUGCAUAAGACUUAGGAGAUGACCCUACACUUGGCUGCUGAAGGAUGCCAAAGGUGGACCAAUAUGUAGACUGCUAUUCGGCAUGCAGAAUGGGAGACGUGGCACUGUGCAUUUGUGUUCUGCAUUUAUUAUGACCACAGCCAGGUACUCCAUAUUAGGACCUCUCCUACCCCAAAGUCAGAAUCCGCUUUACUGCUCCCUGCGUAGCCUUAUUGUCCCCACUCACCCAGCUGUUCAUCGUUCAUGUUCACCGACUCCAGCCUGCAAACCCCAUUAUUAAAUGAGAUUAAAUGAUUCACACUAAGGAGAUGGCACUGAGCGGCCGACUAACUCCAGCUCCGAUAACAUUGUCUGUCCAUAUCUAUGUUCUGUAGUUGGACACCAUUCUAGCUGUAACCCGUCCCACUAGCCACAUUAGUAUGACUAUAGUCAGUGCAUCAUUUGGCCCAGCCUAUUUGUGCUAGUUUCUUCGUGUUAUUACAUAUAAGAUCAUUCCUUACAUUCAUGUAUCCCAACCUCUGUCCUCAAGGCACACUAACAGUCCAGGUGUUAAGGAUAUCCAUGGUUGAAAUGUUCAAUCAAAAUAACUGAUCUACCAAUGAAGUCACCUGUGCUCAAGUAUGGUUACCAUUAAAACCUGGACUGUAUGUGUGCCUUGAGGAUUAAGGCAUACUUGCCUACCUGACCCUCUCCAUGAGGGAGAAAAUGCUC